AUGUUCAGGUACGCCGGCGGCACGGACCUGCUGCUAAUGCUGGUCGGCACGGUGGCGGCACUGGCUAACGGCAUGUCGCAGCCCCUCCUGACUAUCGUCUUUGGCGACGUCAUCGACGCCUUCGGCGGCGCCACCACCGCCAACGUCCUCCAGCGGGUUAACAAAGCGGUUCUAAAAUUUGUCUAUUUGGGAAUUGGAGCCGCAGUCGUCUCUUUUCUCCAGGUUUCAUGUUGGACGAUUACCGGCGAAAGGCAGGCAACUCGCAUUCGAUCUCUGUACCUGAAAUCUGUCCUGAGACAGGAUAUAGCAUUCUUUGAUGUAGAGAUGACACCUGGACAGAUAGUUUCAAGAAUGUCUGGCGAUACUGUGCUAGUUCAGGAUGCUAUUGGUGAGAAGGUCGGCAAGUUCCAAAACCUUGUGGCUACUUUCAUUGGUGGUUUCAUCAUAGGUUUUGUGAAAGGGUGGCUUCUAUCUCUUGUAAUGUUGGCCUCCAUACCUCCGGUUGUAUUUGCUGCAGGACUAGUGGCAAUAAUACUAUCCAGAAUCUCUACCAAAGGUCAAGAAUCAUACAGUAAUGCAGGGAAUGUUGUCCAGCAGACACUUGGAACCAUAAAAACAGUUGUUUCUUUUAAUGGGGAGAAGCAGGCCAUCUCAGCAUACAAUAAAUGUAUACACAAGGCAUACAAGACUGCUGUUGAGGAAGGACUUACCAAUGGCUUUGGAAUGGGUUCCGUUUUGUGCAUGUUCUUCUGUAGCUAUGGUUUAGCCGUAUGGUACGGUGGAAAGUUGGUACUUACAAAAGGAUACACAGGAGGACAAGUUAUCACUGUCUUAUUUGCUAUCAUGACUGGGGCAACGUCUUUAGGUAGUGCAACCCCUUGUAUGACAGCCUUUGCAGGAGGACAGUGUGCAGCACACAGAUUGUUCACAACAAUCAAGAAGAAACCAGAGAUUAAUCCCGACGACGAGACUGGUAAGAAGCUAGAAGACAUCAGGGGUGAUGUUGAGUUGAAGGAUGUGUAUUUCAGCUACCCUGCAAGGCCUGAUCAAUUGAUAUUUGAUGGAUUCUCGUUACAUGUGUCUAGUGGCACUACAAUGGCUAUAGUUGGGGAGAGUGGGAGUGGAAAGUCAACCGUUGUUAGUCUUGUAGAGAGAUUCUAUGAUCCGCAGGCUGGUGAGGUUUUGAUAGACAGUAUUAAUAUCAAAAGCUUACAACUUGACUCUCUAAGAAGAAAAAUUGGUCUUGUUAGCCAAGAGCCCUUGCUCUUUAUGACCUCAAUUAAAGAUAAUAUAACAUAUGGAAAAGAAGAAGCAACAGUUGAGGAUAUCAAGAGGGCUGCUGAGCUCGCAAAUGCAGCAAAUUUCAUUGAUAAGUUGCCCAAUGGUUAUGACACAAUGGUUGGCCAGCAUGGUGCUCAGCUUUCAGGGGGGCAAAAGCAAAGGAUUGCAAUUGCCAGAGCUAUCAUUAAAGACCCCAAAAUACUUUUGUUAGAUGAGGCUACUAGCGCAUUAGAUGUGGAGUCGGAGAGGAUAGUUCAGGAGGCACUGGAUAGGAUCAUGCUGGACAGAACUACUAUUGUGGUUGCACAUCGUCUAACUACUGUCAGGAAUGCUGACUGCAUAUCAGUUGUUCAACAAGGAAAGAUAGUUGAACAAGGUCUCCACGAUGAACUAGUGCUAAAUUCAGAUGGCGUUUACUCUCAACUAAUUCUACUUCAAGAAACUUGUGAAGAGAAAAAAAUGGAUCGUCAAUUUUCUGAUCCAAGGUCUAAAAGUGCAAGCUUGUCAAUGAAGCGAUCAAUCAGUGGAUCUGUGGGGAAUAGUAGUGGACACUCUUUCACGCUCCCCUUCGGACUUCCUGGCACAAUUGAAUUGUCGGAAAGAAAUGAUACGCAUGGGGAGAAUCAUAUAGAUCAUAAUGCUGAUGGUGAGGUACAAAUGAAAGCUCCACUGGUACGACUAGCACAUCUAAACAAGCCAGAGCUACCUAUUCUUCUGUUAGGAUCCCUAGCUGCAGCAGUUCAUGGAGUGCUUUUACCAGUGUUUGGUCUCGUGCUCUCAAGUGCCAUCAAAGCUUUCAACCGACCACCGGAUGAACUCAGAAAGGAUACUAGUUUUGGGGGUCUGAUGUGCGUUGUAGUGGGUAUCAUAUCAAUAAUCGCAAUACCAGCCGAGUACUUCCUGUUUGGAAUAGCUGGAGGAAAGCUUGUAGAGCGCAUCCGGGCAUUAUCAUUUCAAAAAAUUGUGCACCAAGAAGUUGCUUGGUUUGAUGAUCCUAAAAAUUCCAGCGGAGCACUUGGUGCAAGACUAUCAAUUGAUGCUUCGAACGUUCGGCGUUUAGUGGGAGAUAAUUUGUCCUUAAUUAUACAGAUUAUCUCAACACUUUUCACAGGAAUUGUCAUUGCUCUGAUAGCUGACUGGAAGCUAGCUUUGAUCAUUAUAUGUGUGAUUCCACUUAUGGGUAUUCAAAGUUAUGUCCAAAUUAAGUUCUUGAAGGGUUUCAGUCAAGAUGCUAAGAUGAUGUAUGAAGAUGCAAGUCAAGUGGCCACUGAUGCAAUUAUUAGUAUCAGGACUGUAGCUUCUUUUUGUUCUGAGAAAAGAAUUACAAGAAUAUAUGAUCAAAAAUGUGAAGCUUCAAUGAAUCAAGGAAUCAGAACAGGAAUAGUUGGAGGUAUUGGAUUUGGUUUCUCAUUCUUGAUGACAUUCCUUACUUACGGUCUCUGUUUCUAUGUUGGCGGGCAAUUUGUGCGCCAUGGCAAAUCAAAUUUUGGUGAUGUUUUCGAGGUUUUCUUUGCACUACUUUUAGCAACUAUGGGGGUAUCUCAAACAAGUGCAAUGGCCUCUGAUUCAACAAAAGCAAAGGCUUCAGCUAUCUCCAUAUUUGCUUUGCUAGACCGGAAGUCUGAAAUCGACUCAAGCAGCAAUGAAGGUUUAACAUUAGAUGAGGUCAAGGGCAGCAUUGAUUUCCAACAUGUCAGCUUCAAGUACCCAACUCGUCCAGAUGUUCAAAUUUUCAGUGACUUUACAUUGCACAUUCCAUUUGGCAAGACGGUUGCAAUUGCUGGUGAGAGUGGUAGUGGCAAGUCAACUGUCAUCGCAAUGUUGGAACGAUUCUACAAUCCCGAUUCAGGUACCAUCUCACUGGAUGGAGUAGAAAUCAAAAGCUUAAACAUCAAUUGGUUGAGGGGCCAAACAGGACUGGUGAGCCAAGAGCCUGUGUUGUUCAAUGACACAAUCCGUACGAAUAUAGCCUAUGGUAAGGAUGGGGAGGUCACUGAGGAGGAGCUCAUUGCGGCAGCGAAGGCAUCCAAUGCACAUGAGUUCAUAUCUAGCCUUCCUCAAGGAUAUGACACCUCCGUUGGGGAGAGAGGUAUACAGCUAUCUGGUGGCCAGAAGCAGCGGGUGGCUAUUGCAAGGGCCAUACUGAAAGAUCCUAAGAUAUUGCUACUUGACGAGGCGACUAGCGCCUUGGAUGCUGAGUCGGAACGGAUUGUGCAGGAUGCCUUGGAUCGUGUGAUGGUUGGCAGGACCACAGUUAUUGUGGCACACCGUCUCUCUACAAUCAAAGCCGCCGAUAUCAUCGCAGUUCUCAAGGAUGGCACAAUAGUAGAGAAAGGACGACAUGAGGCCCUCAUGAACAUGAGAGAUGGAGUGUAUGCUUCAUUGAUAGCAGUCCAUCUUACAGCAUCAUAA